GGCACUGCAAGUUCACCAGUUAGAAGGCACUGGACAACGCCUUCAAAUUCUAUUAUAAACUUGCUGUCAAGUACAAGCUGGUACGUGCUUAAAAUUUAAUCUGUAAUAAACAUAUUCAAUAUAAUGACGGAAGGCAAAUGCACGUUCGGCACUCGGAUGCCGAUAGACAUCCACAUGCUCAACGAGAUUAUCUACAGAGAAAUAAAACACUUCCGGAACUACAAGAUAUACCGGCCCAACUUUGGUUCCAUGCCAGUAGCCGGCAAGUUUUACGCUGCGCACGACCAAAUUAAGGCGGAGUCCAAAGAGGAAACUGACAAAGUAGAGAACUACACACAAAAUGUGUCACAGACCAGAUCUAAGGGACCUCACAGCAAGUACCCGUCAGCUGCUACCGAAAACCAAGUGUACGGUUGGUACCACAAACCCCUGCUCGCAAUGGAUCGCAACGACAGACGCUUCUAUCAACCAAAAAGAGAGAGCACACAUACGAAAAUCGAAAUUAUCAUUUUCUCGUCGAACCCUAAGAACAGAGUCUAGGAAAUACCUACCUGUAUAGCUCAACUAGUCAAGAUUGUAAACCAAAAGAAUGUACGUAGCGAAUGAUUUUUCGUUCGCUGGUUAUAGCCAUGUCGUACUCAUCGGAACUUAGGUACCUAUCCGUUGAACUGCCAUCCGUUGAAUAGGAUGCCACACAAAUACAGUUCUCAAUUAUACAUAGAAACCACAAACUAUUUUGUAACGAGAAAGAAGAUUGGUGAAAUUUUUUAGAAGUGGGUAUUUAUUGUCAAUUUUCGCAAAUUUUGA